UGUUAAAUUUUGCAUGUUUGUUUGAGAAUGCACAAUGGCUACGAGAACACGUUCAACAGAAAGGUUAAAGUGCAUGAAUCUUCCUUAAAGCUGCUAAAUCCGAUUAACAUAUUACUGCCCUUUUAUUACACUCAUCUGUGUUUGCUAUCAUGAGAUAUCGUCAAAUGCCUACUACACAAUUUACAAGAUGUCGCCAUUUUUUACAUCAUGAUAAACGGACUGCUAAUCGAGACUGACCGAUUGAGUGUGUUUGGAUUUUGACCUAGAUACGCCAGCGUUGUGAAACUAACACAGUAAGAGAGCCAGAUCAUCUAUCCUAAAUUCUUUUAGCUAUUUCACUGAUAUGUUAGUCUUCAGUUUCAGCCAACACAUUUCUUUUCUAUAUUUAAAUAUUUUCAUCUUUCUACAGGCGGGCAAUGGCCUUGACGCAUCCAACAUUAUUGAAGAUCUCAUUGAAUAUCAUGGGUUCUCAUGGAGGAUGAGAAGUCUUCAGUAUAGAAACACUGAGAACACAUUUGCCGUAACUGGCAGCACUUUACUGCUGUUUGAAAGUGUUGAUAUGACUCUCCCAAAUGACAAGUUAAAAAAGUCACAAUUGCUCUCCCUGCAAGCUGCAGUAAUCCUGUUCCUUGACAUAUUGACUGCACUAAUUAGUUGUCGGCAUGCACAGCAAAAAUGUAGACUGUCAGGAUCUGAACAAUGUAGCAUAUUUUAUAUGGUGGAACUUCACUUUCAUAAAUCAUAGUAAUUGCAGUUCAUGGUACGUGGGUUCGAUUCCCACCCAGAGCUUUAUGCAAACUACUAAAAUUAGCGUAUGUUUAUCAUCUGAAACACUUAUAUGAGUACAUGUGUUUCAGUCUAGUUGUCUUCCUUUAGUUGUCAUUGUUCUGCAAGUCAAGAAAUGCAUUACUGUACAAAAUACAAAAUGUCAAUUAUUGAAAUAUUUUUCAUGAAAUUAAUUAUUUGGUUGAAUAAUUUUAUCAUCAAAAUAAAUUUCAUAAAUAAGAAAAUUCCACUUAUCCUAUUUGUGAAAUUUGUUAGAAAAGUAUAAAAUGACAUGUCAUGAAUGAUAUAAUUUCCCUUCGAUGUAAAAUAAAAAAACAAAACAAUUGGUGAUUUUGACUUUUCAUCUGUAAUUACUAUUGAAAAUUGAGUUUGCAAUAUAGCUGGUGCAAAAUGAAGGAAAUUGCUCUGUGCCUUCGCCAUGAACUGCAAUUUAUUUCUA